AUGAGGGGCAGAAUGUUCAUCGGUAUUUUGGUCUUAGUGGGCUCUGCUGUAGCUCUCCACCGGCCCUCCCAUGCCCGGUUUUGUCAUUUCUGUCUCCUGGAAGACCCAUUUCUGGGCUGCUUAACUGGAUCAGACAGGUGCAUACCAAACAACAAAGGCCAGUGCAUGGUGAUUAACAUUUAUAAUGGUUCCAAGCUGAAAUAUAUGGUCAGAGGCUGUGGGGAACACAGCUCCUUCCACUGCAAAGAGGUCCAAAAUGGCUUCAUUCUUUAUUACUGGCUCAAGACCCAGUGCUGCCAAUAUGAUUAUUGUAAUGCCUGGUUCCAGCCCCAGCUCCAGGGACCCCUCCCUGGGACCCCACUCCCAGAGGGGCCUCUGUCCUUGGCCCAGAUCCAGCAGUUCUAUGUGAUGCUGAACUUCUCCCUCCCUCUGCCAGCCACAGGACAGCCAGAGGAAACUGGCCAUCCAACCCCACCUCUGAAUCUGAAUCUGCCUGUGGAGCACCUUCACAUCCUUUACCAGUCUUUCAUCAAGGAUGGCCUCCUGAUCCUUCCCGAGGCUGAGCCAUGA